ACAUGUUUGACAUGCCCGCCUCCCGAGUCUCAUCAACCUUGCAGUCAAGACAGUGAGCCACGGUCACUUCAAACGUUGGCCAUGACACACAUCGCCAAUUGCAUGCGGCCGGAUGCCGAUAAAUCAAAUGUUUAUAUAACCUCCGAAACGUCCUCCAAGAACCCAGCCGCGCCGGAACCAAUUCGCCUCGUGGAGAAGGGUUUGGAGAAGAGCCCAUCUUUUUUGAAUUUACAGUCCUCUGGUUCAUCAAGGUAUCAAUUGUGGCCAUCGACAGCAUCCAAAAGCCCCGUGGGACUGAUUAGGCCGAGCCCUUCUUCAGACAAGCUCUCUGCUUUGUCGAUGGGUCGCUCUCCUACCUCACUGAGUGAUACUGCUGCGAAUCCAGCAGAGAGUCUCCCUUUUUGGCAGCGGAGUGGCUCGCUUUCAAGGAGGAGAAAGGUCAGUGUGCCGGAACUGGGUGGCACUAUGGCUACAGUUCAAGAGAUGUCCAUUGAUUCUCCAACAAUUCCAGGGCGACCACCACUCCGGAAGGCUUCAUCAGAGGCAUUUGGCCAUGAGAGAUCUAGCAGUGCUCCCGGCACAAGCUGGAGAGCUGGUCCAUUUGGAGACGCUCUGAUGUCCUGUGUGACUGGACCCAUGUCUCUACCUUCAGAGCAAACAAUUUCCCCAGCCUCCUCAGAGCUGCCCAACGUUACUAGAUCAGAAACCACCCCCCUUCUUGGAAAGCCACUAUCCCCUAUCCUCAGUCCCAGUAUCAACUCCUCAAAACCGUCGUUGAAAGUUGAUACCGGAAGCAUACUCGAAGCUGUCGAGCUGCCUCCUGAGGUCCCACCAAAAUCGCCUUCUGUAGAGCGCAAGGGAUCGCCUGCCCCUCUUCAACUUACUUCGAAACCCAGCAAGACACAACUGAAUACACCUGCCCCGCUUAAUUCUGGUAGAGUUACGCCUGUCUCUGCGAUCGAUACCCGCCGAUCACCAAACGUUAGCGCUCCAUUCCCGACCCCUAUCUCUGCAAUGUCGAAUGCCUUCAGCGCCGCAUCACCUUCAAGUGCGGUUGACCGUCGUGGCUCGCCGAGAGUUGAGAAGCGAGAUCCUAUAGCUACCCAUAGCCAUAACAGAAACAUGUCCGAUACUUCCAUCAUCGACCGGGGUAGGCCAGUACGAAGGUCGAGUAAGAGGCAGAGAAGUCGGACAUGCUCAGAAGUAAAUACCCCAGAGACUCCAGUGCAGGACAACUGGAAGCUACCCAGGGGAAUGCGGAUCUCUGAUGCCACGAGGCAACUGAACGAUGCGGACAAAGAACAUCUCCACAAACAAGCAUACGACCAGGCAGAGAAGUUCGAGGUUCUGAACAAACGCGACGUGGCAUCACUAGCAAGGGAGCUCAGAGCAUUGGACGAACGCUGCGACUAUCUUCGCAAGACAUACAAGUCCUUGCGGGCAGGCCGCCAAAAGCUUCAUGGUCGUAUGAUCUCGUAUCUGAAGCGUGGUGAGACCGUUAUCUUCUCAAGAGAGUCCCUUCUCAAGCAGGAGGAAGCCCUGGCUGAACUCGACAUCUCAAUCGACGAAUUUAUCCUCAAGCUAGAGCAAGCUGAGAAUAGACGGUUGCGACUUCGCCAAAAGCUUCUAGAGCACGUUGCGGCGGCUCUCGUCCUGAACCCUUCUGCAAGCCCACGCGAGAUGCUGGAGACUACACCGCCAAGGAGUCCGGUGAAGACCGAAAGCCCAUCUCGGAUUCAACGUAAAGACGUUGAAUCGAUUAAAAUCUAUGCCGAUGGACAUGUCCUCAAUCUUUUCUCAGAUAUCGAGCAAGCCAUCGGAAAAAUGUGCGAGCAAGCUGCAUGCUAACGACGAAUACGAGACGACUUUGACCCAGAUUUUAGAUCGAAAAGCACACCGUAUGUGGUGAUUACAUUAAUAUUUGGGACAACUUCAGACCCAGCUCAUCUUCACAAUUUCCUGUAUUAAUUUCUUCUUUCACCUUUUCCAUGUCGCUACGGCCGCACUAUCUUUCGUAUUCUCUUCCAUGUCCUUUUUAUGCCCAGUUAUGGAUCGGCACUUUUUGGUGGCGGAAACGUUUUCGCCAUGGUUUUUGCUUUUUGUACCAUCGCAAAGGAUACCCGGGCCGCCUUGCAUAUUUUGAAGCCCGUCAGCAUAUUCAGUCGGCGUCCGAGGCGAAGACGGAGUUAGGGUGUAGAGGCUUGUGAUGUUUCAUGUUUUCUUUUUGAUUGCAGAUGAAUGAGGGAACAUGCAUCGUAGCGUAUCAUAUUGAGAUCC